ACAAUCAUGUCUGGACGCGGCAAAGGCGGCAAGGGUCUGGGUAAGGGAGGCGCUAAACGCCACCGCAAGGUUCUGCGCGACAACAUCCAGGGCAUUACCAAACCAGCUAUCCGUCGCCUGGCUCGGCGUGGCGGUGUGAAGCGCAUCUCCGGCCUCAUCUACGAAGAGACCCGCGGGGUGUUGAAGGUAUUCCUGGAGAACGUGAUCCGGGACGCCGUCACCUACACCGAGCACGCCAAGCGCAAGACUGUCACCGCCAUGGACGUGGUCUACGCGCUCAAGCGCCAGGGACGCACUCUCUACGGCUUCGGCGGCUAAAGGCUCAUUCUAUACAUUUUUUUUUAAAGGCCCUUUUCAGGGCCGCCCACCUCCGCUCAGGAAGAGCUGUACGCGACUUCCGUGUUCAAAACGUAUCUGUUGGAAAAAAAAGUGGUUCUGUUUUAAGGCUAACGUGGCCUUAUCUACAGGCCAAACUGUUCGCUUUCACUGCCGGUCUCCAUCAGCCAAUCUUUGGGCACCUGCUAAGAGUAGGGGUACCUUCGCCUAAUCAGGCCGCAAGUGCUCGCUUGUGGGUGGGGCUAACACUGGACUAAGGAAAGCUAAUGAGAGGGGUUUGAAAGUCUCGGUAACCGCAAUGAAGGACUUAUGGCCCGGCGUUCCCGGCUUUUUCUAGUGGGAGGGAUCCUGCCUACCCCACAUCGUCUGUAAAAGGAGCGACAACUGCCAGCCGGAGUUUCGUCGAGGAGGCAGUUUCUUGGGAAGCGGGCAUUACUGAAUCGCCCGCCGCCGAUCUUUUUUUUGGUCCUGGGAGGGACCAGUAGAUAUUUGUACAAAUUGCCAGAACCUGCGAGGGUGCUGCUUCGCUCACAAGAAGUCAGAAGCCGGAUCAAUUAAAAUACAUUGUGAGCAAGACGCCAGCUGGUAGUUCCUAGUGUAUUUGCCUUUAGCAAUGUCAGGAAAGAUCUGCCUUCUAUGAUCUCUCCAUUCCCAGCACCUCCCCGUCCUCCGCUGCGUCGCGCCCCAGACCUUGGCCUCAGGUACCUCUAGACUUUGAGCCAGGCAUCAUGCUGAGUGUCGUCACCCCCCGUAAAGCCAGUGAUCUCGGGUUUAAAAAUGCCUCGGCAUUGCUGAUUUUCAUCCUCAGGCUGGGGGCCCUCCCUAAGCCUCUAGCUAAGCAGAGUUUGUAAAUUCCCGUUUACUAGACUAAGGGUGUCUGUUCUGAACCCCUAGGCCUCUGUCAGGGCCUUUGAGCUUGUAAGGGAGAAGCUCCCUCCUUUGUGGUUAAGUGGCUCUCUUGCACCUUCACCUUCCUUCCAGCUCAUCUCUUUCCUCUGU